AUGUCGCUUCCAAAACGUAUCAUCAAGGAGACCGAAAGGCUCAUCGCUGACCCAGCGCCAGGAAUCAGUGCCACUCCUCAUGAGGACAACCUGAGAUACUUUGACGUCGUCAUCUCGGGUCCCACUCAAAGCCCUUUCGAAGGCGGUGUCUUCCGUCUCGAGCUCUUCCUCCCAGAAGAGUACCCCAUGUCCGCACCCAAGGUUCGCUUCCUCACCAAGAUCUACCACCCUAACAUUGACAAACUCGGCCGCAUCUGCCUCGACAUUCUCAAGGACAAGUGGUCGCCUGCGCUUCAGAUUCGCACAGUCUUGCUUUCCGUCCAGGCCUUACUCUCAGCACCGAACCCGGAUGACCCGCUUGCUAACGAUGUUGCCGAGCACUACAAGAAGGACGAGAAGGGCGCUAUCGAGGUCGGCAGGCAAUGGACAGCGUUGUACGCAAAGUGA